AAAAUGUGUGAAGCUUCCAACUCCGUCCUGCUCCAGCUGUGCCGGAAGCAGUUUGGAAAAUAACUCUUAGUUUAUCACUAAUUGCUCAAAGAGCACCACAGAUUUUAUUUCUUCCACUGCCCUGUGAGCUUGGUGUGCUGAAACCCUGAGCUGGAAUUUGUGAGAUCCCCUGCCGCAGCCAUGAUGCCGGUGGCCACCGUGAUGCCCGACGACACGCCCAUGUUCGACCCGAGGAUUCUGCACGAGCUGGACUGGAGCGAGAACACGACAACGUUUUCUCCCGCUAUUUCUCCGCUGGAUCCGGGGGAUGGGCUGGUUCUGAGACCACUUUGCACAGCUGAUUUAAACCGAGGCUUUUUCAAGGUUCUGGGUCAGCUCACGGAAACCGGAGUUGCAAGCCCGGAGCAGUUUAUCAAAACCUUCGAGCACAUGAAGAGAUCGGGAGAUUAUUACGUUACCGUCGUGGAGGACACAAACCUUGGACAGAUCGUUGCUACAGCAACGCUGGUUAUAGAACAUAAAUUCACUCACUCCUGUGCCAAGAGAGGGAGGAUAGAAGACGUGGUGGUCAGCGGGGAGUGCAGGGGGAAGCAGCUUGGAAAACUAUUAAUAUCCACCCUCACCUUGCUAAGUAAGACACUGAACUGUUACAAAAUCACGCUGGAAUGUCUGCCCAAAAACGUGGAUUUCUACAAGAAGUUUGGCUAUUUGGUAUCUGAGGAAAACUACAUGUUUCAACGGUUCUUUAAUUAACAACUUCCAGGUGGUAAAAGACUGUUGGUGGAGGAGCUUGUGCUCCAAAACAUUCUCUUCGUGGAAAACUUAUAUAGUUUAUGGCUGCAAAUAUAAUGAUCCCUAUAAAUAAUGAACAUCAAAUGUGUAAAUCCCGGGAAAACAAAUUAAUGAGGCUUUAGAAGGGUCCUCUGGGUUAGGGGAAAAAAGCUUAGAACUAAUUUUUACUGCUGUUGAGUCGAGGUGAAGCUUUUCUGUUCUAGCUGAGUUACAAAGGACUCGUUAAAGGGAUGGUUUUUAACCAAAGGUAUAUAUUUUUAUCUCAAAUUUUUUCUUGCAUUGUAUUUUUCUAAAGGUUUGUGCUUCUUUUCUCGGUAGCCAAAGGACAGCCCCUGGGAUUGUCCUGCUGCCUGUGCUGAUGGAAGGGUGACGGAGCCUGGGAAGGGAUGAGGCUUCUCUUAUGCAGAAUUACUGA